GUUGUUGUUCUGGUGUGCGAGGAGAAUAUUUGAGGUUCUGCAGUAAAAAUGUCUUCACUUCAGUCUCUGGGAGAGUUGAUCAGCUAAAGCGACUAACUGCUGCUGCUGCAGAAAUCUUCUCACCAGGCUGUGGAAACUUUCUUCUCCUCCUCAACAACUUGGUGGAGUUCUUUCCAGAACCAGAGAAGAUAUUCUGCGGUCUUCGUGACAAUCGGAGCUCCAGAAUCAGGUUGUGGCUGUUAGCUAAACACGGCUAAAGAAAACCUGCUACCACUUCAGGAUCAUCCAUCAGCUGGGACUGAUUCAUCGUGUGUUCUUCACCACCUGGACCUGGACAGCAUGGACACAGAUGUUCCACAGCUGGUGCUGGUUAAAGAAGAAGCUCCUGAAGAACAGAGUGCUGGUGUGGACCAGCAGGACCCAGAACACCUCCACAUAAAGGAGGAACAGGAGGAGCUCUGGACCAGUCUGGAGGGAGAGCAUCUCUGUUUGAAGGAGGAGACUGAAGCUGUCGGGUUUCCUGUUACUGCUGUUUCUAUAAAGAGUGAGGAUGAUGAAGAGAAACCUCUGGUCUCACAGCUUCAUCAGCAGCAAAUAGAAGACAGAGAUGUUCCAACCAGCAGCUCAGCUGACCAGAUGGCAGCAGAAACUGGUGGAGGAGCAGGAACUAGCAGGAACCCAGAUCUGAACCCUCAUGAACAAACAUCUGAUUCUUCAGAGACUGAAGUUAGUGGAGAUGAUGAAGAUGAUGAUGAUGAUGAUGUGAAUCGGGACUCUGAGCUGUCAGACUCUGGGUCUGAAACUGGAGAUGAAGAUGAUGACUGGAAUGAGAGCAGGUCUUCUGAGUCAGAUGUUUUAAGGAAGAGAGAAGAGACGGAUGAGAAACCUCUGCUCUUACAUUUCCACAACCAUCAAAUGAAAGACGGAGGUGUCCCAACCAGCAGUUUGGCUGGGCAGAUGACAGCAAAAGUUGGUGGAGGAGCAGAAACUAGCAAGAACCUAGAUCUGGAUCCUAAUCAAAAGACAUCAGAUUCUUCAGAGAUUGAAGUUGGUGGACAAGAUGAAGACGAUGUGAAUCUAGACUCUGAGCGUUCGGACUCUGGGCCUGAAACUGGAAACGGAGACCAUGGCUGUAAUGAGAACAAGUCUUCGGAGUCAGAUAUUAAGACAGUCAACAAAUCAUUUAGCUGCCCUGUGUGUGGUAUAAGGUUCCUCCACCAGUGGUCCCUUCAGGAACAUGUGAGAGUGACAAGUCAUUCAGCAGUAAAGUCUUCAGAGUGUUUGGUUAAUACAAAAUGUGUGAAAGAGAGGCAACAUGGAGGCUCAUGUAGAAAAGUCCAGAAACAACCGAAAUCAUUAAGUUGUGAUGACUGUGGGAAAAGAUUUAGCCAUAAAAACAGUUUAAACACACACAUGGGAGUCCACACAGGAGAAAAGCCUUUUGCAUGUGAGCUCUGUGGACAAAGAUUUAGCCGGAAAAAUAAUUUAAACACACACAUGAGAGUCCACACAGGAGAUAAGCCAUUUGCCUGUGAGCUCUGUGGAUACAGAUGUACCCAAAAGGCAAGGUUAAACGAUCACAUGAGAGUCCACACAGGAGAGAGGCCUUUUGCCUGUGAGCUCUGUGGACAAAGAUUUAGACGGAAAAAUACUUUAAACACACACAUGAAAGUCCACACAGGAGAUAAGCCAUUUGCCUGUGAGCUCUGUGGAUACAGAUGUACCAAAAAGUCGCAUUUAAACGAUCACAUGAAAGUCCACACAGGAGAGAAGCCUUUUGCCUGUGAGUUCUGUGGAUACAGAUGUACACAAAAGGUAACUUUAAACAAUCACAUGAGAGUCCACACAGGAGAGAAGCCUUUUGCUUGUGAGCUCUGUGGACAAAGAUUUAGACAGAAAAAUAAUUUAAACACACACAUGAGAGUCCACACAGGAGAGAGGCCUUUUGCCUGUGAGUUCUGUGGAUACAGAUGUACACAAAAGGUAACUUUAAACAAUCACAUGAGAGUCCACACAGGAGAGAAGCCUUUUGCCUGUGAGCGCUGUGGACAAAGAUUUAGUCAAAAAAAUAAUUUAAACACACACAUGAGAGUCCACACAGGAGAGAGGCCUUUUGCCUGUGAGCUCUGUGGAUACAGAUGUACCAAAAAGUCACAUUUAAACAAUCACAUGAAAGUCCACACAGGAGAAGCCUUUUGCCUGUGAGCUCUGUGAAUACAGAUAUACCCAAAGGGCAAGUUUAAACGAUCACAUGAAAGUCCACACAGGAGAGAAGCCUUUUGCCUGUGAGCUCUGUGGACAAAGAUUUAGCUUGAAAAGGCAUUUAAACUAUCACAUGAGAGUCCACACAGGAGAAGCCUUUUGCCUGUGAGCUCUGUGGACAAAGAUUUAGCCAAAAGACAAAUUUAAAGAGACAUACGAGCAUCCACACAAGGCUCGAGGGAUUUAUUUAACAACAGUGCUUCCAAAUGUACUAUUUAGUUUUUUACAACCUUAAUAUUAGCCUUGUACCUCUGCUCAACUAUCGUUCAUCAAGUCCGUACUCGGCCCUUGAGCCACCUCUUCUUUUCAUUUUAUUUUUCAAAUCUCCUUCGUUUUUUUAAACUCAGACCUUAACCAAACAUUUGAGAUGUUCAUUCAUGAAUUCUGAAUACAAAAAAAGAUUAUUUAAAGAUUAAGAAAUAACUGUUACACCCUCCUGUAUUUAAGAAACAGACAAGGUAACAGACACUUGAUGGUUUUAGUACAUAACCCACUGCAAUUUAAAGCUGUUCGAUACCGGUGGCGUCUGCUUUAAACAAUUUAUAUGUAUAUAAUAUAAUAGCAUACAAUGUUGAAAUAACUGCAGCUUAAAAAUAAUGUGCCAUCUUUAUUCAUUUGGAGCCCCUAAGAAGAAAUCCCACCUUAAAGGCUGUGGAGAGACAGCUGGGUGUAUUGUCAAGAAGUCAUAAGUUACAAGGUGGCUCUGUGGAGACUCCAUUCUCCUACAAUAGCAUUUUGCUAUUCUAAGCAGGCUUAGGAAUGUGCCUGUACCAGAGUUUUUAGAGAUGCUGUUGUAGAGUUAUAAGCAGUGGACAGAUGCUGGAAAGACAGAACCACUUUUGGGCUGCAUGGUUCUCUACCAGUGUACCGAUGCUUGUAUUAACAUGGACUAGAUUGUAAUAAACUUUUUUAACUCAAACUUUGCCAUGAUUGAAUCAUAGCACUCCAAGAAACAGCUCAGCAUGAAAAUUAACCACAUUCCCUUUAUUUCUGGUGACACAACUAAGCACUGCUGGUGGACAAUUAAUCACAGACACUUAGCCAGUUUAACUCGUCAUAUGAAAGGCCACACCUGGCAGAAGCUUUUUGCAUGUGACCUCCGUGGACAAAGAUUUAGCCUUGUAAUGAUUCAGUAGUUACAUCUUACGUAUGAACCAUAGAAUGUGAAAUUCCAUAUAAAUAUGAAAUCUCAAUCUGAUGGAUCUUGGAAUAUUACUUUAACCAGAAGAUCGGAACUUUUUAUUGUAGGGAUUAGAUAACACUUCGUAUUAACCAAGAGUCAAAGGAGAUAGAGAGACCAGUUUUAAAAGUUUCAAAAGAUUUAUUUCUAAACAAUUUAAAAUAGGCUAACUAACUAAACACUCUGUGUGAUGGAUGGAUCUAGGUGUGAAUGAAGCAAGAUGGUGGUGUGAUGUGGAAUGUUGUUAUCAGAACUCUCAUUUUCGGAGAAGCGUCAGUUCUGUGUGGGAGCGAAUGGGUUACUCUAAACUACAUUCAGAGUUUCAAAAACACCUUCAGACGCUAUCUUGUCGUUCUAUAUACCCUUGCGGAGACCUCCAUGGUAGAUCCAGAAUGCCAGGUCCUCAGACCCCCUUUUGGUACAGAAACCGAUGAAACAGCGUUCGGUACGACAGACUAGUCUUUGGAAUGCCUCCAGGUAAGCGACAGGUGGUUUACAGCAUCAACAGGGACCCAGCCGGGUCAGUGAGUUCAGCUCUUAUUCUGAAGGACGUUGCAUUCAGAUGUAGCUUGCAA